UGAAUGUUCACCAAGUUCUGCCCUCUAACCACGCGUUAAGCAUUAUAUCCGCCUUGAUUGGUUACGUACGGGAUAUUUGCUUGAAAACCAAUAGUUUCAUGUUAUAUUGAUCGACAUCACUGCUCCGUCAAUAAGAGCGCAGUAAUUCCUACAAUUUGUUCGCUUAAUGGUUACUGACGCUGUCCGUUACUGUUUUGUGAAUCUACACGAUAGUAUUGUAUGUAUAAGUCUAUGGCAUUGAUUGACAUAUUUUCCAACCAAUACCGUUCCAUCUGUGUCGCAUUUGAUUGGCGCAAAUGUACUAGUGGUCGUGGCUUGUUUUCCGGAGAGGCAGCUGAGUUUUCAUGACGAUUUGAAAAUGGCGGCGAAAGGGUUCACCAAUGGAACUUUAUCGUGAAUGCACAGAGAGCGGAGCUGUCCAAACGACAAUUUCCCUCAGUAUUGAAAAAAAGUUCAAAAGAAACCUCACCGGAAUGUAUAUGUUAUUAUUAGAGGCGGAUUUGAUGCGUUUUACUGUGCGGGUUUUGAGGCCAAGUUAGCGAAGUUCGCUGAAAAUAACUAUAACAGCGUUUCAGUGGGAUAACGUUAGAACUUAAACGUUUCUAAACUGGAGCUAACGCUAGCUAGCUAAGUUAGCUUAUAAAGACAACGCGAGAUGAAGCUACUUUAAUUGCUUUUCUUUAGUACCCCCCUGAGUUGUCAUGUUUUGGUUUUUAUCCUUAAUAAGCGUUACUACGAACGCAUUCCUGACGCGGUGUUUGUUUAUUAAAACCGGAGUGAAUAAAUAUCACGAAAGCUAUGUUGGUUCUAGCGAGAUAGCUAACAAUUUGUUAGCUACUUUUGCGUGUGCGUUUAGUGUUGGGAGCUAAGCGCGAGCUAAUGCUAAUGCUAAUCCGUCUCACACAGCACAAUCGUUUUGUUUUGGUGGAGCGAUGGUUCACUUCAGUGGAGGGUAGCUAGCUAGCAAGUACAUUUCACACAGCUUGUUAAUUAAUUCAUAAUUGAACUUCUUGUAGGUUUUUUUUUAAAGUAGCGUUUUAGUGUCAAGUGCGUGACUUGAUAGAAUGGUGCCUUACUAUGGCACAUAUCUCGCUGGUUAACAUGGUUAUUAAAUAGAUCAGGGUGCAAUACAUUUUUAAAGCAGGCUGUAAUGUAUAGCCAACUAAUUUACUACCUAGCAAGUUCUAAGAUUGACUGCCAUUUAAAACACUUUACUACAUUCAGGUAACUUUAUACAUAAUGUCAUUUUAACGAUUUUUUUUUAUUUACGCUCUUCGGUCGGUUGUGUUUUAAUUACGAAGGUUUUUUGCUCAAGUUUAGACAACCUUUUCUAGCUAUCAGGUAGCUCAUAAUUCGCCAAACUUUUGACAGACGAGUAUAAGCGAGAGCUGGUGUCUUUCUCUGGAAAUUAUUUCCUCCGUGACAGACUGGAUAUGGAAGAUCCAAAUCCACGAUACAGCAAACGACUGCGGUCAGGCACGCGGCGACGUUACCAUGACGAUGGGAUCUCUGAUGAUGAGAUCGAGGGGAAAAGGACCUUUGACUUGGAGGAGAAAGUAUACAGUGAUCGCUUUGGUUCUGACAGGAUCAAACGCAUGGAAGGAAAAGAUUUCACAUUUGAGUUCAUCCAGAGGUGCGGGCUGAGGGAUCCAAUUAUCUUUGAACGACCAGAUGGACUUGGAAUCAAAAUGCCAGGUUCAGACUUCAGUGUGAACGAUGUGAAGAUGUUUGUGGGCAGUCGCCGCAUGAUAGACGUGAUGGACGUGGCUACUCAGAAGGGCACAGAGAUGUCUAUGGCUCAGUGGAGGCGAUACUACGAGACCCCGCCUUCCCAGAGAGAGAAGCUGUACAAUGUCAUCAGCUUGGAGUUCAGCCACACCAAACUGGAGAAUUUAGUCAAAAGACCUGCAACAGUGGACAUGAUCGAUUGGGUGGAUAAUAUGUGGCCACGACACUUAAAGGAAAGGCAGAGAGACUCCACCAACUCCAUCCUUGACAUGCAGUACCCUAAAGUGCAAAAAUACUGUCUGAUGAGCGUGCAGGGCUGUUACACAGACUUCCACAUAGACUUUGGAGGCACUUCUGUGUGGUACCACAUACUCCGAGGAUGCAAGGUAUUUUGGUUAAUUCCUCCGACACCACAAAACCUGGAGCUCUAUGAGAACUGGGUGUUGUCUGGAAAACAAGGAGACAUCUUCCUCGGAGACAAGGCCACUGAGUGCCAAAGGAUUGAGCUCAAGCAGGGCUACACGUUUAUUAUCCCAUCAGGCUGGAUUCAUGCAGUGUACACACCUGUGGACACACUUGUGUUUGGUGGCAAUUUCCUACACAGUUUUAACAUCCCCAUGCAGCUCAAUAUCUGCAACAUUGAGGACAGGACAAGGGUGCCAACUAAAUUUCGCUACCCAUUUUAUUAUGAGAUGUGUUGGUAUGUGCUGGAACGGUAUGUGUACAGUCUGACCAACACCUCCUACCUCAUCCCUGAGUUUCAGAAACACUCUCUAGGCAUCGGCCUUAAGCAAGAACCCUCCAGUUUGGAAGCCUUGAACGGUCACGUAAAGGAAGAGGAUGAUCCUCCGUCUCCUCCAACUCGGCCUGGAAUGAAAGUCCACAUGACACCUUUUGAGCUGGAGGGUUUAUGGAAUUUGCUAGGAAAACUAGAAUCUCUUCCCUCGCACAAAAAGUGUGUUCCUGCAGGAAUACACAACGCACCUGCCUUGCUCCAUGACAUGCGGGCAUUACUUAAAGAACAUGCUAAUGAUAACUCUAAACUUUCAUACACUGGAAGACCCAUUGUUAAAUGGCCAAAGAGGCCAUCCUGGUACCAGCCUCCCCCGCCGCCUGCCCCAGUCGGUCGUCCCAAAUUAGCCACCACUCCAAUCAUCCCUCGUCCAACAAAGCCAGCCUCCUCGAUGUCAGCACUCCGGCGGCGGCGUGUGCGCUGUAAGCGCUGUGAGGCAUGUCUGCGGCCAGAAUGUGGCGAGUGCAAUUUCUGCAGAGAUAUGAAGAAGUUUGGUGGCCCAGGCAAACUGAAACAGACGUGUGUCCUUCGCCAGUGUCUUGCUCCUGGCUUGCCUCUCUCUGCGGUGUGUGAAAUUUGUGAAGAAGGGAACCAGGAUACUGGAGAAGAACUCAUGGAAUGCUCCAAUUGUGCGCAGAUUGCCCAUCCUAGCUGCCUAAAGGUGCCAGGUGAGGGUGUAGUAAACAAAGAUCUGCCCAGUUGCUGGGAAUGUCCCAAAUGUGUCAUUGGCAAAGACACGGACUCUGAGUCAUCGGGCAGCGGUGAUGAACUCACAACUCCAGAGGGGUCGGGGGGGCUGAGGGGCGAGGGCGGGGCGUGGCACGGGGUCGGGCGGCCCCCUUCCUCUCUGUCACAUGGGUCGCUACGGAAACAAGUGGCGGCCCCAGAGCAGCGGCUCAGGAAGAGGAUCAAAUUGGAAGCAGGCAAAAUGCAUAAGCGCAAAUCAUCCUCGUUGGAUCCUCGGGUUGCUAAGAUCUACCGGAGACAAGGAAUGGAUUCAGGCAGUGACGACGAGGAUGGAGAAGGAAGGAGAAAGCUUUCGCUCCACUCAAGGGGUGCAAUAUCUGCUCGCCGUGGAUUUGGAUCUGGUAGGCGGGGACUGUUAAGAGGUUCUUCACAUCGAGGUGCCAGAGGGAGUGGUAGCAUGACCCCAAAUUCGUCCUCCCUAAAAAUGAGGCGUGGACUCGGUGUAAGGGGUGAGCGCGGAGGUCGUGUUCGUUUACGAGGUGGAUCCAAAAUGCAGCGAAGGCGUUAUGAAACAGACGAUGACGAUGACGACGAUGACGACGACGACGAUGAUGAUGAGGAGGAGGACGAUGAUGAGGAGGAGGAAGAGGAUGAAAGUGAAGAAGAAAGGCACAUGGGCAGGUCUGAAAAAGAGCACCGUUCGCGGCGUCGGCGGCGCAGAGGUGAAGAGGAUGAUGAAGACGAUGAUGAGGAUGAUGAAAGUGAAGAGCAAGACUUUGAUGGAGAGGAUGAAGAAAUGGAGGACCUGGAUGAUGGAGGGGAGGAAGAUGAGGAUGACGAGGGUGAGAACCGUUCAGACUCAGAACCUGACCCUCCUGUUCUACUCGUCUCAGACUUAAAUGAUGAACUGUUAAAUGGUUCUUAUCUGACUGUCACAUUGCAGCGCCCAUCAAAGGCCAGACGUGAUCUGGGGUCUAUUGUACCCAAACUGGAGGCAGCCAUGUCUCCUCGCACUCCCGGUAAUGCUGAUGUACUCCAGCGCAAAUCCCUUCACAAGUAUCGGCAGAAAAAUGGCAGCUCUCUCUCCACUGGAAAUGGUUUCUCACAACCCAAAGUCAGUCUAGCAUCAGGCCGUCAUACACGCUACAGGAGUUUGAACCUUGAUGGUAGAGCCUCCCCUUCCUCCACCUCCUCUCGCUCUUCUAUUUCUCCUCCUCCUCCCACGACAUCCACCACCGGCUCCUCCCCUCCUUCCCUCCUCACUCAUCCCUCAUUCCGGGAUGUGGGGAACGAGCCAGGAUGUGAGAAGGAGGUGUGGGUGUCCGUGUUUCGCUACCUGAGCCGAACAGAACUGGCUGUGUGCAUGCGGGUUUGCAAGGCCUGGUACAAAUGGUGUUACGAUAAGCGCUUGUGGACUCGGAUAGAUCUCAGUAGAUGUCGCUCCCUCACUACUCAGGCUCUGUCAGCUGUUAUUAAACGCCAGCCCGUUGCACUUGACUUGUCCUGGACACCUGUGUCCAAGAAACAGAUCACCUGGCUUAUCCACCAUCUUCCAGGACUGAAGGAUCUGAUCAUGUCCGGCUGUUCAUCAUCAUCUCUUUCGGGCUUGAGUUCUCAGAGCAUCCCUUGUCUCCGCACGCUGGACCUGUGCUGGGCAGAGAGCAUUAAAGACUCUCAGCUCAAAGACCUCAUCGCUCCGUCAGGUAGUGAAAAUCGCAGCAGGCUGAAAGGCUUGUUAACUUUGCGGUUAUCUGGUCUGGACGUGGGUGACUCGACAUUGAAGCUGAUAAUCAAACACAUGCCAUUGCUGAGGAGGUUAGACCUGUCACAUUGCCCUGUCCUUACAGACCAGUCAAUCAGCCUGCUUACAGCCAUCGGCUCCAACACACGCAACACUCUCAGAGAGCUCAACCUCGCAGGUUGUAAUAAGCUAACAGAUGUCUGCCUGAAUUAUAUGAAGCGCCUCUCAGCUCUAACUCUACUAGACUUGCGUGGCUGUAAGGGUAUCACGCGACAUGGCUGUGAAAACUUCAUUUCUGACCUUUCUUACUGCACCUUCUUCUGUCUGACUGAGGAUAAACUCAUCCAGAGGAUAUCUUAACACAGACGCACACACACAGCACACAUGCUCUUACACUGGUGUGCUCAACGUGCUCCAUCAUAAUGCUCCGAAGAUACCGAGCUCCCUCACGAGUCUGGUUGGGCAGGUGGAUGGAGGGAUAGAGGCUGCGCCCCUGGGGAGAGGAUGAACGCACAGAAUCUGAGAAGAGUUAUGUUCUUUUGUGUCAGGCAUUUGGGCUCAUUCAAAGCGACUUGUAAAGAAGAUACCAAGGCUCAUGUGGUCAAAUUGGAAAUCAAAAUGUAUUGAUCCAAACUACCUGGGUGAGGAGUCCAAUCUUAGGAGUAUAGUGAGGAGAGGUUAUAAAGAAUGUUGGCUACAUAUAGCAGUUUCAGGUAUGGCUCUUAUGAUACUGUAAACCAGCAGUACCAUGGGUGGAGGGAAAGGAACCAGCCGUGGUACAACGUGACAUUUUGCCAACAAACAGGAGGCAAUGACAUGCAUUUAAAUUUGAGCGCCACGAAAUGUAACUCUGACUGUAACCUGACAUCGCAGUUACAAACGCACAUGCAGAGUUAGUCCGUCUUUUCUUUUCUGCCCUCUGUGCUCACAGAUAUGUCAAGCUUUGACAUCUUGGGUAACAUUUUCUGUCUAUACAGCUUUACCAGCAUAUUCUACUACACUUAGUAAAUUGCAUCAAGUUCUACUUAGGCCUCUUCCUGUUUUUUUUUUUUUUUCUCCAGUUUUCUUUGCUUUUAUCUUUGUGAUCUUUAUCCUCAUGUAUCUUUACCACUUUACCUGUGUUAGGCAGUUUUCUUCCAUAUCACCAUCUUCCUCUGUACAUUUGCUGGGUUGUUUAUAGUGUACAUGUAUUUUUAUUUUUUCUUAAGUGCAGCCUGUAGCAACACAACCUUUUUUUUUUUUUGUUCUUUUUUUUUUUUUCUUUUUUCAAGAAAAGGGGAAAAAAAUAAUUAAUAAAAAAAUUAGUCACAUGUCCUGUGAGAUUUGUGGCAAAAUGUAACUGCUUUGUUCGUAUGGUUAUUGAUUACUGUCGUAUUGUUGCUGUGUUAUUGUGUAGCCCUUCCUUUGAGGAGGAAGGACAGGCAGGACUUGAAGUCACUUAUGAAGUCACACCAACAAUAUGCGACCAAGUCUUUUAGGGAGAAAAAACACUUUAUUGGCAUAUAGAAAUGGGCCUCAUAUAUUUCCAGAUAUUUACAUUUAAAAUAAUAAUAAUGAUAAUAAAAUUUGUUAUAAUGUG